CCUCCCAGGCCUUCGCCCCCCAUGCUCCGCUCACUGCACCCCACUACCCAUGGGACCCAAAAGAGGGGAAAAUCACAUCCACAUUCGCCUCUGCCUACCCCUGGCAUGCGCCCCCCAGGCUAAAAAGGGCUCCCCCACCCCAGACAAUCGGGGCUGGAGGGGAAUGCGGCCCCCGCCCGCCUCUGCCCUAGAUGCCCGCCUUGCCGUGCGCCAGUUAAAUCUUUUAAUAGCCCCUCCGGGGGCACCGGGUGCGGAUUCAGUGACACACUUCUGCCCCCCCCCUCUCUUUGGCACCAGGAACGGGGCUGCCCCACGGCCAGGGCACGUGAAUCCAGGCGGGCCGGGGCGCCAGAGGAGGUGCCCCCUUUUCUGCCCAGCAAAUCAGGCGUCCCUAUCUAUUUUUGGGCCGCCCCGCUUUAUUCAGGGCGUGUGACGUUCCCGGGCUGGCAUCUCCGGGGAGACGCGGCCCAGAAGUCACGGCGACUUUGAGCUGCCGGCCUGGAUCAGGAAUCCGGCAGGAUCGGGCCCCCAGGGGGUCCCCCCUCCAGCGCAGGAUCCUGCCCCCCAAAACGGGACGCGACUCCAAGAGCCUCCUGCUGCCCUUCUCGCUUGGCGGACAAAGCUUGUAUUCAGACUCAUGAGGACUGGCAUCUUGGAAAAGACCAGAGCUCAGCGGUCAAGCACCUGAGUGCAGAAGGCCCUCCCCCUUCAAGAGCUCAGCAGCGGCGGAGGCGAGAGGUUUCCCUGGCACGGAGGACCUGAGCCUGGCAGAGGCUCCUCCAGGUCCCCGGGGUGCUGAGCGGCCCCCGCGAUGGGUGAGCGCCAGGCCCGCGCCAACAGCCUGUUCCUGAACGAGGAGGAGUCCAAGGCGCUGGGUCCGGGGGGCGGGCGGGCGCAGCGCCUCCGCCAUGUCCUGCGCAAGAGGGCGGCCCGGGCGCAGGCCAGGAUGUACGCCGUCACGCGGGAGAGCGUCCGCAGCUGCCUGCAGAGGAACGCCUUCGUCCUGCUCACCGUCAUCGCCGUCCUGCUGGGGAUCACCCUGGCGCUGGCCCUGCGGCCCUACAAGCUCACCUUCCGGCAGGUCAAGUACUUCUCCUUCCCCGGGGAGCUCCUGAUGCGAAUGCUGCAGAUGUUGGUCCUGCCCCUCAUCGUCUCCAGCCUCAUCACAGGCAUGGCGUCCCUGGACAGCAGCGCCUCGGGGAAGAUGGGCUGCCGCGCCGUCGUCUAUUACAUGCUGACCACCCUGAUAGCCGUCUUCAUCGGCAUCUUCAUGGUCCUCAUCAUCCACCCCGGAAAGGGCAGCAAGGAGGCCCUGCACCGCCAGGGCACCGUCGAGCAGGUCCACACCACCGACGCCUUCCUGGACCUCGUCCGGAACAUGUUCCCCCCGAACCUGGUGGAGGCCUGCUUCAGACAGUACAAGACCCAGUACAGCAUCAGAGUCAUCAACCGGACCCUGGCCAGGGGAGCCCCCACCUCCGCCCCCCAGGCCUUGCCCCACAACGGCAGCAGCAGCACCGCCGCCCUGGCCUGGCCCCCCUCGCCGCUGCCGCCGCCUGAGAACGCCACCGGCGCCUGGCGCAACGUCUCCCAGGCGCUGGGCGCCCUCCCGGAGGUGCUGAGCUACGAGGAGGUGGUCCCGGGCGCCGGGUCGGUCAACGGCGUCAACGCCCUGGGCCUGGUGGUCUUCUCCAUCUGCUUUGGCCUGGUCAUCGGGAACAUGAAGCAGAAGGGGCUGCCCCUGCGGGAGUUUUUCGACUCCCUCAACGAGGCCAUCCUCCGCCUGGUGGCCGUCAUCAUCUGGUACGCCCCCAUUGGGAUCCUCUUCCUGAUCGCAGGCAAGAUCCUGGAGAUGGACGACCUGGCGGUGAUGGGGGGCCAGCUGGGCAUGUACACCCUGACGGUCAUUGUGGGGCUGCUGGUCCACGGCCUCCUGGUCCUGCCCCUCAUCUACUUCGCCGUUACCCGCAAGAACCCCUGGCGCUUCGUGGGGGGGCUCCUCCAGGCCCUCGUCACCGCCUUCGGGACCUCCUCCAGCUCGGCCACGCUCCCCGUCACGUUCCGGUGCCUGGAGGAGAACAACGGUGUCGACAAGAGGGUGACGCGCUUCGUCCUGCCGGUGGGGGCCACCAUCAACAUGGACGGGACGGCGCUCUACGAGGCGCUGGCCGCCAUCUUCAUCGCACAGGUCAACAACUACGAACUGGACUUUGGGCAGAUCCUCACGAUCAGCAUCACCGCCACGGCCGCCAGCAUCGGGGCGGCCGGCAUCCCCCAGGCGGGUCUGGUGACCAUGGUGAUUGUCCUGACGUCCGUGGGGCUGCCGACCGAAGACAUCACCUUGAUCAUGGCAGUCGACUGGUUCCUAGACCGCCUGCGGACCACCAUCAACGUCCUGGGCGACUCUCUGGGCGCGGGCGUGGUGGAGCAUUUGUCGCGCCACGAGCUGGAGCUGCAAGACGCCGACUUGGGGGGCGACUCAGGGGCCGAGGAGAACGAGAAGCCCUACCACUUGAUCUACCCGGAAAACGACACCCACAAGGAUCUCAGCGGAGAGACCGCGAUGUGAUGGCGCCCAGGAGGGGCCGGGGAGGCGGCUGGGGGCCGGGCCUGUCUGGAUCGGAGCCAUCGACCGACUGUGAAAUGCCAAGGAGAGGCGCAGCCAUCAUCCUUAUCCCCUUCCCCAAAUUCUUCCCCCUUUCCCCAUAAUCUGAUACAUCAUUGCAGGCCAAAAAAUGAGAGCAGGCAGCGACGGAUCUCUAACGGUGACAAUUUUGCACUAAAGGAUAAGGAUUCGAACUCGCACAUCUCUCUCUCCGCCGCAGCGCCUCUUCUUUCUUUCGAUCCACGUUAUUUAAAUCUGGUGCCAAUAUUCCUUUUUUGUGUUUCCCACCCCCUCCCCGAAUCAUGUUCAUCCCCACUCCAAAAAAACAAACACUCCUCUUUCCAACACUUGAAGCAAAACACACUUUUUUUGUAAAAAAAAGAUUGUAUAGAUGUGAUGCUUUACCGGCGUAGAAAAUAAACGCUGUUUAUUUAUGAUGA